GAUAAAGAAUCGGUAAUAUGGACGGUUGAGUACAAUACACCCGGCGCUAUAACACACUACACCACAGCUCUUAAUGGACGUGAAAUUACAUGGACUGUUUCACCAGGAAAUACCUAAUCUCAGUCCGUUAAUCUGUGUUCAAUGCGACAGAGUUUGAACAUUCGUGGAUCAUUAACAUCAAUUAUUUUCAUUUCGGUGAGGUUUAUAAUUAUCAUUUUGGGAUUCUAAUGGAAUGUAUCGGAAUAUUUCAAGCUGACAAGACGUAGGAUGACAUUUUGAUCUUCAUUCUCUGUCUCAAUGGUAUCGAUUUAUAUAUACCUAUCUGUUCACAAUGUCUCUCAAGUCUAUGUUAUUGGCCUGGUGUGAUAUGGAUCACCUAUUAGUUAAUGGAAACAUUUCUUGUCUAUAUUUUAAAUAUAUUUCCAACACAGAGCCAGGUUUUCUUGAGCGAAAUAUUAUCAUGUGUAAAUGAUUCUUUACUAGAAACCGGUGGGCGUAGAAAAAAACUGUUGAGGGAAACAUGUGUUUCUUGUCUUUCACACAUUGUUAAUUGGAGAAAGAAAAUGUUUUAAUCUAAUCAGACGAACAUUGGAUAUAUUUUAACCGAAUUACGUCAAAUGUGACUAGUGUUUGUAUCAGGGUAUUUACGGAAGAAUACGGUCACGUGCGAUAAGGCGAGACAAUUAUCAAUCGAGGUAUAGUUGAAGUGAUGCCGUUGUGUUGGAAAUAGAAUUCAAACAGAAUUUCUUUAGGACAAAAUUGGAUUUCCAAGGUUAGCUGGAUCAAACAUAUUUUGGUAUGUGUGAAUUAUAGUGUCUGACAGGGAUAUGUUAGCAGCUACACCCAGGGUUUUCUAGAAACAUUAACUAUAGUUUAAUUUGAUGUUGUGGCUGAUGAUGACGUAACAACCGUGUCGGAGCAUGACAUCAUACACAGGACAUGUGAUCCUUUGGACUUUAUUAAUGACCACAGUCACUGUACAAAGUCUGGAGUGUUGGAAGUGUAUAUCUAACGACUGUGAAGGGAACCCGGAACUUAACUACAAAGCUAGGAAAACGACAUGUGGAGAAGACGCGUCUUGUAUGAAAGUCCGAUACAAGAUGUACUAUAAUCUAACAAAGACGGUUUUCGACUCCAUCAUUCGCACGUGCUCCUCUGGAGAAUGUAUACCCGUGACGGAGAAAGACUUCGCCGAGUGUAUCACUGAUGACCGCCUCUAUAUGGUCACUGGCUGUUCCCUCAGGUCGUGUUGUAACGACAAAAACUAUUGCAAUUCCGGAAACCUGUUACGACCCCAGGUCCAGAGAUUAUGUGCCGCUUCAUUAUUUGCCUACUUAAUCUGGAAAAUAUUACAUUAAUUUCGACAUUUCAUCAUCAACCU